UGUCCCGUCGGUAAAUUCAAUCGGACAUAUCCGGCUUCGAUUGAUCCCUCGAUAUGAGAUGGAUCAUCCAAGCUACAGGAGACACGCGUGCCCACGAUAAUGAACGCGAGGAGCUGGAUAAAGGAAAACCGGUGGAAUCAUUCGUUUGACCGGCCGUCCCUCAUCGUUCGUUCUUUCGUUGCCGUUGUCAAUCGUCAAAACGAAUUUUCGAUGGCAGACGCAAAGAGGACCGGUGCUGGGACCCCCGCUGGGGUAUCGGUUACGCUUAAACCGCGUUUAGGGCCCUCGAAAGCCAGCUUUUCGGAGUUCCGACAGCAGUCUCUAUUGUCGUAGUGAUGGACUGAAGAGGCCAUGAAUCACCUGAUUGUAAAGAAAGGAAGCAGGACUGUAAAGAACGUGAAAGCAACAACUUUAUAAAGAUAUUGUUGCGAAACGUACAAGAAAUUUGAAAAAGAUAAACCAUAAAUUGUAUUGUUUCAUGCAGAAAAAUAACAUCUUAGAAGAAAGGAUCUAAGAAUGAAAUUGCAUUCGGAUCAAAUUCCAAGUGGCAGUAUAAAAAUUGUGAAAAACGAUAAAAGGAAUAUGAUGUGAUAAAGAUUACUUUAUCACUGGUAUUAGCAAACAAUCAGGAGGCAAGUAAUCCAGCCGAGGCGCAAUUAAACCGCACAAAAGUUCGCGAGGUCAAAAAAUAGAAGAACGGAGUGGUGGCCAUCGCUACUUGCGUGGCCUCGUGGCCGUGGCUAAGGGCCCGGGAGACGGUGGCGCCAAGGAGAUCCGUAUCUUGGCGCGGGGCACUGAGAAAGGGCCUCCGGCUUCCCCCCACUAGCGGCAGCCCUCGUCAAAGAUAACAUCUGAUUCCGAAUCGUCCGUUCGCUCGUGUAGGCUUCCAUGUAGCCCGACUCGUUUUCUCGGGCCCUGGUACGAAUGUCAUCGUGUUCGCUUCUUACAAGCGGAACGGGGCCCCGAAAGCGGGCCCCAACUCCUCUCCCUCACUGCCCGUCUAGCCCCACUACUACGUCGGGUGCCUUCGUCAGCACCGAAUUAACGACCGUACAGGCCCGCGACAGCAUGCUACGGGAACAAGAUCGAGAUUAAUUGCGAGCCAUGAAUCGAAAGAAAAGCCACCGAUCGACUGGUCCCGUAUUCAAGAGCGACUGUCUCUUCGACUUUCGUUAAUUUAUUGAUUAAUUUGGAAACGCUAGAUAUGCUUCAUGAAAGGAUUUGAUGAAGAGCCAGUCAAGGUAUCUCACGAAGCAGCUGUCAUUAGUGACUCCUGUUCUAACCAAACAAUUUGACGGUUUACAAACUUCAACUUUCUUUCUUAACACCUGCAAUGCAGCACUUAGAAAAAUAGUGUCCAGUGUUUCCCAGUGUGUCCUUGAAGAUUUCGACAUAAGAAUGUACAAUAGUUCAAUAAUAUUAAUAUUUCUACUUUAUUCUCCAACAUCUGUAGCUGAAUAUUCUGAUACAAAUAGUAAGUCUUCUCAAUAAUUAUCAAUGUUAAUACUAAUAAAAUAUAUAAAAAAUAUACAAUUUAAUUUAAUUUUCUUUUUACAUCACCAGUGUCUUCCAGUAUUUUCUAAAUUUAUCAUCCAAAGAACCUAUAACCUGUAACAUCUCAACGACACCAGUCCUUCCAUUUCACCUUUGAAUAUUCACAAUUCAGCACUUUUGUACAAACAGUAAGUUUUGUUGAUUAUUAACUUCUUAUAACAAUCGAUUACAAUUGAAGAGUUUACAGUCAUAAAAAGGUAGCUUCAACAUUUAAAUUGUAUCUGUAUAAGAAAAAAAUAUACAUAAGUCAGCUGAAAAGUAUUUGCAUAUUCAUUGAAUAGUAAUAAAUUAAUAAAUUAAUAUUAAGUUUGGCAAAGCGAUUUUGAUUUUGACUCGAUUUAUCCAAUUUACUGUAAAGCUCUUUAA